GCGUGCUGAGUAUUUAUUUUGUCUGUGGUUUUUAGUUGUCAAAUGAGAAUGAAGAGUUUUGGGCAGGCGAUUAUUACAAAACUCAAUAAUUAAUCGUGAAAAUUGUUUGUGAACUAUCGUAGUAAUAUAAAGAGACUCUUAUAUUUUUUGUGAUGGGAUAAUUUAUUAUAUGGACUAAGUGCAAUUCGUAAAAUGUUCCCUGGACACAGUUUGGAAUCAUACAACAUCACCAUGCCCUAUGUUCGGUGACGGAAGCCACGAAAAGUGUUACGAUAUUACUUAAUUUGGGACAUUAAACUGUACUAUCAUGUGACUUUAUGUGAGUUAACUGUGUAAAGUUAGUAAGUGCCUUAAGUAAUUAGCCGCUUUUAUAAAUAUCUUAGAUUAAGCCAACCAUUAAAGGCACAUGCUGCUCAAUGGAUACCGAAAAAAAAGCGACCUCAAAUGUAAAAGUAAAGAAGAGCGGGCGUAAAAAUGAGAAAAAGAAAAAAACUGAGGCACAAGAUACUGACGUCACGUUAGACGAAGUAUGUCAGCAAAUGAGCAAGCUGGCGGACGAAGACGCGGGCAGCGUCUCGGCCAGCUCCACCGAUAGCGAAGACUUGGUAAAUGCUAUUAACUACAACACCAUUACAUCACUCGCCGCCCUCAAGGAUAUAAUCCAGGGCGACAACAAUGAUACUCCAGAAACAGAUAGUUUCUUCCAACACUACUUUAUGAAUCACUGCAACAAUCUAUCUAGUAGAAACUCAAAUUCGCCGUUCCCAUUCCCGGAGCGGCGAAGAUUAUCACAAUGUCGCGAAGAAGAUGAAGACGAUGAAAAGAAAGAUUGUGAUCUACUGUUCUCUCCUGUUCGGAGUGAAGCUAAGCCUCAAAAUAUAACGAGAAGCAAUCGUAAUAAUAUUGCUAAUAAAAAUAUCACAACUGGAACAGAAGAUCAGAACGCUAAUGUGGUCAGCGGGUCGGCAUCUGCUGAUAACCAUGUGGCAGAUGACCAGGAGCCUCCUAAGAGGACUGUGAUGGGAGCUCGCCACAAGUUCUUGGUGACUACGACUGAACCACCGACCGCGCCGCCUGCCGUCGAACGAGCUCUACGACAUGUGCAUAACGCACACACGGUCCAUUUCGGCACGAAAGGUGCUGAAGAACUACGGCCGAAUGUGCGCUCCAUAUUUGCAGGACAGAAUCUCCACCUUGACAAACACUAUUUUGAUAGUAGUUUGAUUGAAAUUAGAUCUACCGUUGAUGAUGAUGUGCCCGCUAGUUCUGAGGACAUUUGGGUUAAAAGGACCGAAGACAAAGUGGCUCCUAAAGAAGCACCCGUGUCUACAGCCGACAUUUUUAAGAUCGACGAAGAAGUAGUAAAAUCGCCUAAGAAGAAUAUAGAAGAAGUGAGAGCUCGUUCCGGCACAUGGGGUGCUGCCACUGGCACCAAACCAAAGGAGCCAGUCAAGAAAACUGUGCGGAAAGAAAAAGAUGUACGGCGCAGUAGCGAUGAUAGACGGCAGAAACGAGAACAACGUCUGGAUGCAGCCAUCACCCGCAGCACUCAGUCCGUGGGUGAACGCAAGAGACGCAGCUCCAGUGAUGAUGGACAGGCUCAUCCUAUGUACCAGCAGACUAUACAUGGAACCUCCGGGGUGAGUCGAAGGCCUGCGCUCUUCAAUAUCCUCAAGUCCAAGCCUCGUGGGGAAGUCAAGAAACAACCCUCACUUAUGCAGCAAGUCAUGGCUGCCGUACAGAACAUGACGAAAUCCACUCCAACAAAAGAACCCGUGAAAGCGGAGGCGAAGGUAGACCCACCAGCUACUCCAGAGUUGAAGGCCAGAGACGGCUCCGCACAUCCACACCCUGGAAGCGAUACCAGGUACUACCACACGGUGACCGCAGCGUCGUCGCGUCGUCCGAGCGCGAUGUCCAAAGUCAUGGAGAUGUUCCGGGGCCGAGCUUCCAUGCCCGGCCAGAGUCCGCCGAUAGAGGGCGCCGAGAAACGCAAAGCGAGGGUGAUAGCUCAGCAUCAACAGUAUGCAGCAGGAGCCCAACUCCGUAGAGCGGCAUCCCAAGAUGCGGAGAAGCGUCGGUCAUCACUAGGCCAUGUGCCCACCGCACGUCACAGGGGAUCAGAUGCCUUCCUGGAUCCUCACCAUGCUGCCAUGCUGUUUCGAGAUUCUCGGGGGUUGCCGGUGGCUGAUCCAUUUUUGGACAAAGUCAACCUUUCCGACUUAGAGGAAGAUGAGUCCCAGAUAUUCGUGAAGUUCUUCAAGUUUCACAAAUGUUACGACUUGAUACCGACGUCGGCGAAGUUGGUGGUAUUUGACACACAGCUACUGGUGAAGAAGGCGUUCUUCGCUCUCGUCUAUAACGGAGUCCGCGCAGCGCCUCUAUGGGACUCGCAGCGCCACAAGUAUGUGGGCAUGCUCACCAUCACGGACUUCAUCAAGAUACUGCAAAUGUACUACACCAGUCCCAAUGUCACCAUGGAAGAACUUGAGGAGCACAAACUUGAGACUUGGCGCGAAGUUCUGCAAGGGUCGGUGAUGCCGCUGGUGUCCAUCGGUCCCGACAGCUCGCUGUUCGAGGCCAUCCGAAUGCUGAUCACCAACCGCAUCCAUCGGCUGCCCGUCAUCGAACCGGAGACAGGCAACGUGCUCUACAUACUCACGCAUAAGAGGAUACUGCGUUUUCUAUUUUUAUAUAUAAACGACUUGCCAAAGCCCGCGUACCUGCAACGCAAGCUCCGUGACCUGCGCAUAGGCACUCACAAUGACAUCGAGACUGCUACCGAAGACACGUCAAUCAUAGACGCUCUGCGGAAAUUCGUCAACCGUCGCGUCUCUGCGCUCCCCAUCAUCGACAGUGAUGGACGUCUGAAGGACAUUUAUGCCAAAUUCGACGUCAUUAACCUGGCAGCUGAGAAAACGUACAACAAUUUGGACGUGUCCCUGAAAACGGCGAAUGAACAUCGCAACGAGUGGUUCGAGGGCGUCCAGAAAUGCACCCUGGAUGAAACUCUCUUCGAUGUCAUGGAGAGGAUAGUUCGCGCUGAAGUGCAUCGUCUAGUGGUCGUCGACGAGAAUGACAAAGUGAUUGGUAUCAUAUCACUUUCUGACCUCCUAAUGUACCUCGUCUUACGUCCCACCGGGGAAUGCAACGCCGGGGGUGCCAGCCUCAGGAACGAACACUCGUCCAUUGAAGAAAAAGACGAGGGAACCACAGAGGCAACCAAUGACACUGCAGAAAAGGUCAAGGUCGAAAUCACCGUCGAAGGUCAAACCGAAGGUCAAGGUGAAGGUCAACCCGAAAGUGCCAACACUGAGGAGGCUAAAGAGUGCCAAGAUUCGUAAAGUGUUGAGUUUUUUAGUUUGUGAUGUGUCGAAGGAGCGCGGUUUAUUUUUGUUUGCAUUUCCAUUUUCGUUAAACUUUUAGCGGUAGUGAGUAACCAGUACAAGGUUUUUGUUGAUCUGGGUUUAAAAUGCUAUUGAUUUUGCAAAAUCAUGCAAUUUUUGUUGACGAUUUGUAUACAAAGGUGAUAAUCAUUGAGUUACGAUAUUAUACGUUUAUAACGGUCAAUAUGGAAUUAUAUGCUUUUAAAUCAUGCUAAAAAUUUACGUUUGAAGUUAUAAUGACUAUUUCUAGGUCAUUUUAUGAAAUAUCACUUAUGAAUUAUGAAUAUUGGAUAGAAGAGUAGCUUCUAUUAUAUAUAGCUUUUGUAACCUGGACUGUAAUUAUGUACCAUCAGACAAUUUAUCGUCAAUUAUGUCAAAGUAAAUACUAUAAUCAUCAGCACGAAUCUUGAGCGCUGACCUGCACCUGCGCAGAAGUGAUUUAUUGGGUCCCUUUUGUGGUAUGAAGUGAGGCGCGGGGGCAUUGUAAAGCGGUGAUUGGCCCGCAGCGCAUCGCGUCAUAGACGUCACUCGGGAUUGGUUCUUUGCUAAUAAAUCACUUCUGCGCAGGUGUAGGUUAACGCUCAAGAUUCGUGCCGAUGAUUAUACCAAGCUUUUACUAUAAGGAGCAACCAUUUAAAAGAUCAUAUAUUUUGGUUGUGAAGGAAAAUCCAAACAAGUUUUGUUUCACUUUAAAGAGUUUUGAUAUUUCUUUUUCAAUUCCAGUUUUGAUACGAUAUUUAUGUGUAUAUUCCAUAUUUGUUUGUAUAAUUUUGUGGUUUCACCUCUCUUUGUAUUAUUCCUCCAUAUUGUGACUAAUUAUGUUUUGUACCGAUAGAAUAUUAAACUAAUAGAAUUAAAAAUCUGAUUAAAAUGUUCUAUAGUAUGUAUAUUAUUCAGAUUUUUUCGUUUAGUAGCGGAAUUGACAUUGUUCAUAUUCUCGGAGCAUCAAAUUAAGUUUACAUAUAGCAAACGUACGUACGUUUAUAUAUAAAAAAUAUGUGUCAAAUUAUAAAUCCUUUGCAUAUUUUAACAGAAUAUAAGCAGUGUUAAAACCUCUCUACAGCUAAAAAGAUUUUUUGGCAUUAUGAUUAAAUAACCUACAUUCUAUCGGUAUUUAGACAAAUUAACUGUACCUAACAUAGAAAAAAAUAACUAUACUCCGUUUGAGUAGGCAUUUACUAAAAGUAAACAUUCUUGAUAUCACUUUUUUUUUAAUGGUAAAUCAUCAACAAUUGUAUAUUACUGAAUCUAUUGAAUCAUUAUUGAAAUCAGUACUAUAUUUGUUUAAAAGUUAUUUGUAAAAAAAGUCCUGUCAAGAUUGACCUUUUGUGAAGUGCCUAUUCGAAUAAAGUAUAGACACGUACAAUUUCAAGUUACGAUAGCAUACAUUUGUAAGGCGGUACGCUCAACCGUCGUAACUAAGUGGCGUAACUACAUCCAAAAAGAGUACUUACGACGUUCAUUAAUUACGACGGCAAUCCAGGAACGGAAUAUUUAAUUAUUGUUUGUAACACCACCAUGUUUAUCGAGUAGUAAAAAUAAUAAAAAAAACAUAUUAAAAUACAUCUUUUAUCUCAUAUUAUCAUAUUCGAUUCGAUAUAAUCGUAAAUGUUAUGUAGCUGGUGUAAUCAUUCAACGUUCACCUUUUAAAUGUAAUAGUGUAGCGAGAUGAAAGUGUCGAGUGAGUACCCGCUCACUGGAAACUAAAAUGUCGGCCGACUGUUGCCCGAUUGUAGGAAAAUGUUUCUUUUUUAUCGUGAAUUUAAUCAAAUUUUUUGUUGGUCAUUGUAUUGUGUUCCAUGCUGAUUGAUAAGCCCGUAUAAACUAUCGGUCGACGAAAAGUUUGUAGUGUGCGAGUACUCUAAAGGUUCUCCUAGGAAAGAAUAUCCGCCGAACUAACACCUUUUUUUUGUUAUUUAUACUCUUUUGUUUGAUAGUAAUGACUCGAAGAGUAAAGCCCAGACUCCAUUGAAGAAGUUUUUAAACAGGCAAUGGACUUUUUUCACUCGUGUGCGCAUGAGUGGCCAAGUUAUGAAUAAAGAAAUUCCAUUGGUUGUUUAAAACCCUGGCUCUACUUUGGUGGAGUCUGCGUUAAUUUACACAAAUAUAGUUAAUAUUGCUCAAUAUACCCCAUGUAUUAAGUUACAAGUUGAUUUCAAAAAUCAAUGCUAUCAAAAUCUGUAUACUUAUUUUUGAGGUAAGUUCGAUUUAUUACUAACAAACAAACUAAUUGUAUACCGAUGCUUCCCGUAAGUAUUAUAAAAUUGUGUUAUUAGAAUAACUUUAAAAUAAAGAUUACUGUUAUAUGUUGUAUCAUUAAAUUCAAAUAAAUGGUUUUUGUAACAACACAUGUAUACUGGGAUGAGUUUUCUUGAUAUUUGAAACCGUCGUUUAUACGUAGUUGCAAAUGAAGUGAUACUUUAUUAUCUUCUUAUUGUCUGUGUUUAAGUUAAGUUUGAUGACGUGUUGAGAAGCGCACAGGAGACGGCAUUAUGAGGACUUGAAAUAAACAUUUGAUUCCGUCAA